AUGAUCAAAUUAGAGGAAAAGGCUUCCAAAAUUUUAUGCUCUCAACAUUAGAAAAGCAUUCAAUAUAUAACUUUAAGCAAAUCCUCUAACAAUAGGUUACUCUGUUAAAAAUGUCCUUAAAAUAACAGGAUUGCAAUCAAUAAAGCCUCAGAAUUAUUAAUGGAUAUAAAUUAAGAUCAUCCAUUAAAUUAUCAUAUAAAAGAACUACAAAAGUAAUAUGAAAGUUUAAGAAAGGAAAUUAAAUUAAAAGUAGAUGAAUUACUUGAUGAAACUGAAGAUUGUCUUAAUAGUUUGAUAAAUCAUAAAUUAAGUGAUAAAUAAAUUUAACAUUAUCUAUAUGAUGAUAAAUUAAAUGAAUAAGAUUUUGAGAAACUAUAAGAGAUAUUAUGCAAGUAUUAUGAUUUUGAAUAAGACAAUUAAAUUGUUGCUAAAAUUCCCUCUAAUGAUAUGCAUAAUGUUUACUAAGUUUAAUAAAAGUGUUAGAAAAUAGCUUCAAUUAUUAAGGCUUUUUAUAAAUCUUAAUAUCACUCAAGACUAGGGACAUAACAAAGUCAAGAGAAUUUACUUAGUUAAAUGCCUUUAAAAAAAAAUACUAAAGCAGAAAAACCAUCAGAAUAAGAUAAACAUGAAGAGGAAAAGAGUAAAGGGUUAUAUACAAUAAAAGAAGAAAUAAUAACAAAUUCUGUGUGUCAUUGUAUUGAUUUAAAUAAAACUGCAACAUUAAUAGUUUGUGGUUUGUAAGGAAAUAACAAUGAAGAUAAUCUUGUUUUACUUCAAAAAAAAGAAGAAGGAUUUAAGGAAUUUUAGACUCUAGUAGGACAUGUAGGUUCAAUAAAUGCAGUUUGUUUUGGGAAAAUUAAUAAUAGUAUAUUUUCAGCAGGAGAUGAUAAAACUAUUAGGAUUUGGAAUGAAUAUUUAUAAAGUAAAGAAAAUAAGUUGUAUAAUUGUAAAUAAAUUAUAAAUGAAGCUCAUAAUAUGGAAAUUCAUUGUUUAUGCUUAAAUUAAUUAAAUAAUUUAUUGGCCUCUGGUUGUCAAGAAGGAAAUAUCAAAAUAUGGAUUGAGGUUGAUGAGAAAUGGAUUAAUUCUUAAGUGUUAAUUCAACAUAGUUAAUGGGUAAAAUCAUUAAGUUUUAAUUAUGAUUCAACUUUUUUAGUAUCAGGAAGUGGGGAUAAAUUAAUAUGUGUUUGGAAUUUAAAUGAAGAUUGGGAACAUUUUUAAACUAUAACAGAACAUACAAAUUUAGUGAAUUGUGUAAAUUUUGCAUAAGGUGAAAAUAUUUUUGUUAGUGGAUCUGAAGAUUAAACAAUCAAAAUUUGGAAUCAACAAAAUGAGCCAAACGGAAAAUUUAUAUGUAUAUAAUAACUUGAAGGAGGAUAUUAUAUUAGAUCUGUUUGUUUUAAUUAUAAUUCUUUACUUUUAGUAUCUGGAUCAUAUAGUAAUAUUAAGGUUUGGGUUAAGAAUCAUGCAGGAGUAUUUGUAUUAAAUUAAUAAAAAUAUUUUGAUUCACGAUAAGUCUUGCUUUCAGAAGAUUCCAAAGACUUAUUUUCUGUAAAUAGAUUCAGUUUGAAUAUUAGAAUGUUUAGAAUAAAAGAAAAAAAUAAAAAAAAUAAUGCCAAACUCACAUUCUGA